CUCUUUUCUACUAGAUCGAUAUUUUAAUUUGCAUAAGAGCUAGCUGAAAACUAGUAUAACUGCUGAAAUUAUGGAAAGUGUUAUUUUUUUCAAGAGUAUUAAUGUCAAUGUAAUUUAUAUUCUUUCACAUUACAACACAUUUAUAAGACGUUUAAUACCCUGACACGAAGCAACAGUUCUUAAGUUAAUUCUGUUAAGAAAUCGUCAUGGAGAAAAUUCGAACGGCUAUAUCACCACUUUUGACCGUGUUGUGCUUAUGCGGAUUUGGAGUGUUUGAAUAUCCCCAAAAUCAACCGAGAUUUUAUCUCACCAUUUUUUACAUUCUGAUAUCGUGGCUAUCUUACGCCUACAUCGUCUUCAAAACGAAACUAUUUCUUCAGAGGAACGAACUUGAUUAUCCCAUGUUUAAUCACACUAAUAUGGUUUUUGCAAUACUAUACAUGUUAUUCAACUUUUAUUAUAAUAAGAAAUUUAAAAAUUGUUUGGACAAAAUAGAUAUUGUAAACAACACAUUGGAGAAGCUUGGGACACCAAAGAACUAUGUAAAAUUGCGGAUACAAAUUAUAUGGUUAAUCACUGGGUGGACUAUUUCGAUGUUUGUAAUAGAUUUAAACGAUUAUUUGUGGUACGGUAAAAAACUUUCUAAAUUUUUCUCCAUAAUGACUAUAUGUAUACCACCUAUUGGAAAUCAUACAUUUUAUAUCAACACGCUGUACGAUUUUAUGUACAUGACACUGCUAAGAUAUGUAGGAUCUCAAUUUGAGCACGUUAACAAGUAUAUUGAAGAGAUAGCAGAACAGAAGAAACAAAGAGUAAGAUAUGCCUGGACUACUUCUACUGCACCCCUGAUUCGUCAACACAGAGCUGACAUUGAAAUAUCAAAACAAAAUAUAUGGAUUUUGAUGCAUAUUCAUCUCGAAUUAUGUUCGAUAUCAUGUCAAUUAAAUAUGAUAUUUGGAUUGCAAAUGGUGAUGCAAGCGAUUGCAUUUCACGUUUUUACAGUGCAAAUUAUUUAUGAAUCUUAUAUCAUAAUGAUGAUGUUAUAUGACAACUUCACAUACGAAAAACUUAUGGAUUGUUUCGGUAUUUAUUUCUGGAUCAUAAUCAAUACCAUAAAAAUGAUUGUCCUUAAUUACAUCUGCGAGAGAGUUUGUAUUAAGGCAAAUACAACAGAAAAAUUUUUGAACAAAUUAACAAAUCUUACUUUCGAUAUCGAAACUCAGGAAACUCUUAUGCAGUUUCUAUUUAAAAUAUUAAGGAAACCAUUAAAAAUCUCUGGAUUUGGACUUUUUUAUUUCGGUUUUAAAUUCCUUCUUGAGUGUGCAAGUUUCAUUGCAAUGAUCAUCGUAUUUGUGAUACAAUCACCCCCACGAGGAGACAGUUCUAUAGGUGCUGAAAUGAGAAAAAAUGUUUAAACAUUGCU